AAACCUGCAUUCCUCUAAGGAGAGGAGCGUGAAAUGCAAGCGAGGGAAAGCAUUUCAUGAGAAGACAAUGUCCCGUCCGAGUGUGGCAGACUGAGAAGGAGACGGUGCAAAACCAGAUAAAGCAGUGGCCAGCCAGUCGGGAGCUCCCAGCUCUCCACCCAGACUCUCUUUCUACCCUUAUCAGGGGACUGGUAAAGUCCUGGGUCUCCUGCUGCCUUUACAACUCAGCUGUCCAGAAUCAAAAUCAUGAAGUGGUUGGUUCUGCAAUGGCUGUUAUUCCUCUGCUUCUUGAUUGUCCCUGUGGGCGGAAGUUGGAAAGGGAAAACUUUUUUCGACCUUGAUAUCCCUGAGUACCUUAUCAGUGGGCCCAUACUGGAGCCCUGCAGGAAGAGACCCACACAGGAUCAAUGCAAGCCCAACUGCAUGAAGCAUGAGCACUGUGCUGGCGAGCAUCAUUGCUGCCAUUCCUACUGUGGAAGUGUCUGUAUGCCCCGCAAAGAAUUCGAGAAAGACAAAUAACAUAAAAUCAGCAACAUCAUGCUCAGCGCUGGACCUUAACCCUGCAAUGACAGCUGGAGGACCCAUGGAAUGUUUGGGAAGACCACUACAUGACUUCCUGUGGAAACAUCUUUUUGCCCUAGGUGGGAGUUGGGAGUUGGAGACAUGUACCCAGGACAAUGUCUCUCUUUCCUCUGUCUCCUUUUAGCUAUCACAGUCAUAGUCUUAGGUCCUUGCCAAAUAUGUAGAGUAAUCAAGGGUUUCCAUUUCUUGUUUCUUGGUCCCAGAACUACUUGCUGCCCCAACUAUUUGUUUUCAGCCUCCCUUCCUCCUAGUUUGGAUCUCUCUACCUUCCUAGCUUUCAGAGGUUUGGUCUUUUUUAAAACCAAGGACUUAAUUAAUGUCCUAUAUAUGAUAUGGUAUGUUCUUUUGGUGAUAGAAGCUAUGAUCUCUUUGUGUUUCCUCAUAUCUGGAUUUAGUUUUUCUCAUAUAACAACAAACUUGUCAUCCAAGUAGGUCCCCCACGAGCUACUUCUUAUUGUAACUAAUGUCUGGAAAUAAAAUCUUGCAUAAAGCUAAUGGCACCCAUGGUCUAUCAUGGAAGGAGAUGGCAUGGCCUCUUUCACCAUGUCCUUUGCUCAGCAAUGACUAAUGUAUUACUGUCUUUAUUCAGUUAUUUGGGAUUUAGCAAAGUCUUUUCUAUGUAAGUAUUGUGGGAAGAACAAACACCCUUCAGAGGGCUAUAAAACACCCAGAUUAUGGGCAAAAGCUACUUCACACACGAGAGUUUAUCACUGUUUAUCUUGCUGGUACAGAGACCAAGGAAGAGUUAAUUCAUAUGAUCCAAACAAAUGGAAGCCAGGGAGGGGCACGAGGAGAAGGGACAAAGGAUACAGAUAAUACCUUGAUGUAUGAAGAAGGAGGGGAUGGUUAGAUGGGCUGCACAUCAGAGUGGUUUUCCUGGAACAAGACAUACUUGGUCCUACCCUGAAAGAUGAGAAGGAAUUGCUAUACCUCAGGGUGAAAAUGAUGUCUUCUUCCCUGGUGGAAUUAGACAUAGAAGAAGGAAGGAAAAGGCCAACCUGAAUGUAAUGAAAGGCUGAUACCCUAUCCCACUACACAACAAUAAUUGAAGCCACUGAUAAGAUUGAUCAUGAACUUGGGUCUAAGCUCUAGAUUGUAGUACAUGCUGAUGUGCUAAGCAAAAUAAUUCAUUAUAGUGCUAGAAUAUGGUUUUGUUAAAAAUAGCAAAGGAGAGAAUGAAUAGACACAGAUUGGUAGUUGAACUUCCCCAAAUUCACUCGGCACACUGAGUGAACAAACAGAGCCUUUUCUCUAACCAUGUAUGUACAGUAGUGUUUGAGUUGUCUGAAAUAUGUGUAUCUCAGGGGUCAGAGAUAGGUUUAAAAUACAG